UUAGAACUGGCUCCUCAAUAUUCGACAAUUCCCGAUUGCCCGAAAUCCAAACAUGCUUGAGACUCUAGAAGCAUCCCAGGCUUCGAGAUAAGUCUGAGUUCAUAAGUAAUAGAUUGGAAUAUUAUUGGACUCUGGAUGAUGGUCGAAGCCGAUCUGAGAUUCAGACCAACGAGGCUCGACUACUAUUUAAAACACAAAUCUGAUCAUCAGAAGCAAGCCUUACGUAUACAUAAAUGCUCUGGGGCCGAGCUCAAGGGAAUUGACAAGCUCGAGUGCCUGGUCCCAUCUUUUUUGGGUUUGGCAAUAUGGUAUCGCUGUGCUCAUCAGUCCUUAACACAGCCAAAUAAUGUUUCAAUCAAGGCAUAUACAUUGUCAAAAACUAGAUGCAAACUGUUGCUGAGGUGUGAAGCAAAACUGUUCUGGUGUGAGAAAAUCGGAUCUGUUCGAAUUUGGCCUUGGUCGUCCGGAAAACACACUGGUAACAAAAGAUUGACUUUUACCCAGCUUUCCAGAAAAGGACCAGAAACCCCAGACAGCUGGCUUGAAAGGUUUUUUUUAAAGCCACAACCGGCAUUUAUGUACCGUUGAUUGCCGGUCCACUGAUGUGCGCUCCGCCCGACCCUGAGCUGUUUUGAUUUUAGACUGAUCGUUGACUUUAGGCAGUCAAACAGCAUUGGAAUGAUGUCACCAUCAAAUCCAGAAACCUAUGGCCUAAUACACGACAUCAGCUGACGCUUCAAUCGGCCUCGUCAACAUUCAGUGUACCUAAGUAAGAGAUA